GCCUGGAAUGUUUCUCCCUCCCGGGAAACCUGAGCAUCCCUCCUCCUUGCCCGGCUUGGACACCAGGUAGCCUUGCUCCUCCUCCUCCUCGCUGAUGCCCGAAAGAGGGCUGCUCGCCUUCCAAACGACAACCUUCCACGAGAGCGGGGGGAGGAAUCCGUGGUCCGGCCCCACACCGAAGCCGAUGGGAAGGCACGGAGAUGUCGGUAGGCGCCGGGGAGAAGACCAGCCCAGCUGAGCCGCUUUCUCGACCGCUUGGCGCCACAGAGCGCCCGUCCCAGCCAAGGGGAGCCCGUCGCGGCGGCGGGGAAAUCCUGCUUGGCAAGUUUUCCUCACGGCUUGGGCAAAAGGCGCGGAGCUGUCCAGCGUUUCAGCGCCUUUGAACCGGUGGCAGGAGGAGCGGUUUUCCCUCCCCCUCCUUGAAAGCUAUCCCCCCCCUUACACACACACACGUACACACACACACUUUCUUUCAGGAGAGAAGGACCUUCCUAUCCUUUCCCGGGCGCUGUCGCCUCACGGUUUGAGGCGGGCAUGGGCAGCCCACCAGCGGGGCGGAGAGGCUGCUCCGGGGAGGGCGGCCGCCCUCGUGAGGGGAUUUGCCGGUGAGGGGGCAGCUACUCUUGGAAGGCUGAGAGAAGAAGCGAGACGGAAGAAGGCACACCGACCUGGAUAACCCCCCUUUUCCCUCUCUCUCUCACACACACACAUACACACACACAUACACACAGAGAGGGGCGCGCUCGCUCGCCCGCACGUACACACAACGCUGGAGCCAGCCUGAAAGUUUGCCCGCUGAGCUCUUUGCCUUCUCAGCGAGCCCUCCGCCUUCUCGACUCAAAGGUGCCCCUUGGCCCUCGGUGGCUGCCGGAAGGCGAGGCGAGGUCUUCUCGGGACGUUCCCUUCCGACCCACCACCCCCGUUGGAUGCGCAUUUCUCCCGCUUUGGCGGCGCCUGGGAACUUGGACCCUCGUUCCCUUUGGGGCCUGAGGCAGAGCCCAUUAGCCUGGAGGAGAGAGAGAAGUUGAAGCCCCCCGCUCCCCUCCUGGGGGCCAGGACGCGGGGGCUGAGGCGCCAGCCAUGGGCAGCCGUGAAAUGAGAGCUUUCCUGUGGAAAUGUAGCCUGCUCUUCCCGCUCUUGACUGCGCGCCCGGGGGGCUGCGGCCACGUCUCCAGCAACCAAGUUGUAUUACUUGAUACAACCACUGCCAUUGGAGAGCUUGGAUGGAAGACGUAUCCACUAAAUGGGUGGGAUGCCAUAACAGAAAUGGAUGAAUACAAUCGUCCCAUCCACACUUACCAGGUAUGUAAUGUUAUGGAACCCAACCAAAACAACUGGCUUCGUACAAAUUGGAUAUCCCGUGAUGCAGCCCAGAAAAUUUAUGUGGAAAUGAAGUUUACACUGAGGGACUGCAACAGCAUUCCGUGGGUACUGGGGACAUGCAAAGAAACAUUUAACCUCUACUACCUGGAAUCAGAUGAAUCUCAUGGAAUUAAAUUCAAGCCAAACCAGUACAAUAAAAUUGAUACUAUUGCUGCUGAUGAAAGUUUUACUCAGAUGGAUUUGGGUGAUCGCAUCCUUAAACUGAACACAGAAGUACGUGAGGUGGGACCGAUAAACAGGAAAGGAUUUUUCCUUGCUUUUCAAGACAUUGGAGCAUGCAUUGCUUUGGUCUCUGUCCGUGUUUACUACAAAAAGUGUCCUUUCACCGUUCGGAACUUGGCUAUGUUUCCUGACACUAUUCCAAGGGUUGAUUCUUCCUCCUUAGUGGAAGUACGAGGUUCCUGUGUGAAGAGUGCUGAAGAGAGGGAUACUCCAAAAUUAUAUUGUGGAGCAGAUGGAGAUUGGCUUGUUCCUCUAGGAAGAUGCAUCUGCAGUGUUGGGUACGAAGAAGUGGAUGGCUCCUGCCAUGCUUGCAGGUCAGGAUUCUAUAAAGCAUUUGCUGGGAAUAUAAAGUGUUCCAAAUGUCCUCCACACAGCCAAACCUUUGUAGAAGCAACAUCUGUAUGCCAAUGUGAAAAAGGUUACUUCCGAGCUGAGAAGGAUCCACCAACUAUGGCAUGUACCCGACCACCUUCUGCUCCAAGGAAUGUUGUUUUUAACAUAAAUGAAACAGCUCUCAUGUUGGAAUGGAGCCCACCUAGUGACACAGGAGGGAGAAAAGACCUCACCUAUAGUGUAAUUUGUAAGAAAUGUGGAUCUGACACCAGUCAAUGUGAACUAUGUGGAGGAGGGAUACGAUUCAUUCCCAGACACACUGGGCUAAUCAAUUCCUCAGUGACUGUGCUUGAUUUUGUGUCCCAUGUGAACUAUACUUUUGAAAUAGAAGCCAUGAAUGGAGUUUCAGAAUUAAGUUUCUCACCGAAGCAGUUCACAGCUAUUACCAUUAGCACGGACCAAGAUGCGCCCUCCUUGAUAGGUAUGGUCAGGAAGGACUGGGCUUCCCAAAACAGCAUUGCCCUCUCAUGGCAACAGCCUGAUUUUCCUAAUGGAGCCAUUCUGGACUACGAGAUCAAGUACUAUGAGAAAGAGCAUGAACAGCUCAGCUAUUCUUCCACAAGGUCGAAGGCUCCAAGUGUUAUCGUCACAGGCCUCAAGCCAGCCACCAAGUACAUAUUUCAUAUCAGAGUCAGGACUGCAACAGGAUACAGCGGCUAUAGCCAGAAGUUUGAAUUUGAAACUGGAGAUGAAACUUCAGAUAUAGCAGCAGAACAGGGGCAGAUCCUAGUAAUCGCAACAGCUGCUGUAGGUGGAUUCACCCUCCUGGUCAUUCUCACACUGUUCUUCCUCAUCACUGGAAGGUGCCAAUGGUACAUAAAAGCAAAAAUGAAGUCUGAAGAAAAACGAAGAGCUCAUUUGCAGAACGGACAUUUGCAUUUCCCAGGAACUAAAACAUAUAUUGAUCCAGACACAUACGAAGACCCAUCACUUGCUGUUCAUGAAUUUGCUAAGGAAAUAGAUCCAUCACGAAUUCGUAUUGAGAGAGUUAUUGGGGCAGGUGAAUUUGGAGAAGUGUGCAGUGGUCGUCUGAAAACCCCUGGAAAAAAGGAGAUUCCAGUAGCCAUAAAAACUUUAAAAGGUGGAUAUGUGGACCGACAGAGACGGGACUUCCUACGAGAAGCAAGUAUCAUGGGACAGUUUGACCACCCAAAUAUUAUUCGCCUUGAAGGAGUUGUUACAAAAAGAUCCUUCCCGACCAUUGGGGUGCAGUCUCUUUGCCCAAGAAUCCUGAGAGAAGGAUUUUUAAAUAACAUUCCAGGCCCACAUCCUCUGUCAGGGGGAGGAUCUUUGCCCCCCAGGAUUUCCUCUGGCAGACCAGUAAUGAUUGUGGUUGAAUACAUGGAGAAUGGAUCCCUUGACUCUUUCCUACGGAAGCAUGAUGGCCACUUCACAGUCAUCCAGCUUGUUGGCAUGCUACGUGGAAUUGCUUCUGGCAUGAAAUAUCUCUCAGACAUGGGCUACGUACAUCGAGACUUGGCAGCUCGUAAUAUUUUGGUCAACAGCAAUCUCAUGUGUAAAGUCUCUGAUUUUGGAUUAUCACGAGUAUUAGAAGAUGACCCUGAAGCAGCUUAUACAACAAGUGGUGGAAAAAUUCCUAUAAGAUGGACAGCACCUGAAGCUAUAGCCUACAGAAAGUUCUCUUCAGCAAGUGAUGCAUGGAGUUACGGGAUCGUGAUGUGGGAAGUUAUGUCAUACGGAGAAAGACCAUACUGGGAGAUGUCCAACCAGGAUGUCAUUCUGUCCAUUGAAGAAGGUUACAGGCUUCCAGCUCCCAUGGGCUGCCCAGCUUCUCUUCACCAACUAAUGCUUCAUUGCUGGCAAAAGGAAAGAAACCAUCGGCCAAAGUUCAGCGACAUUGUCAGCUUCCUAGACAAAUUGAUACGCAACCCCAGCUCUCUUCAUACCCUAGCAGAAGAUAUCCUUGUAAUACCAGAUUCACCUGGUGAACUUCCAGAAUAUCCUUUUUAUGUAUCAGUCAGUGAUUGGCUGGACUCAAUAAAAAUGGGCCAAUACAAAACAAACUUCAUUGCAGCAGGUUAUACAACUAUGGAUCUUGUUUCAAGAAUGAGUAUUGAUGAUAUUAGAAGAAUUGGUGUUGUACUUAUUGGACACCAGAGACGAAUAGUGAGCAGUUUACAGACUUUGAGAUUACACAUGAUGCACAUACAGGAGAAAGGAUUUCAUGUAUGAAAGUUCUAGAAGUGACUGUGUUUUGUGCCUCAACAUUUCUAUAAUGGAAAAUCUCAUUUCUUCUUUCUGCUCUUCCCAGCUUUGAGAACUGGAACUUCCGGUUCAUUCUAUAAACACAUAACAGUUCUGUUAAUCCUUCUAACUUGGAAUUUUUAAUCACAUGGCAUAGUUUCUCCCUCAGUUAACUGCCAACAACAUCUUGACCCCAGUGCAAGACUAUUGCUAUACAACGGUGAAUAGCUCAGCAUGGAUGUAAAACUUUGUAUAACAGUAAAAAUAUUUGGAAAACUUCCACUGACUUUUUGAAAGUUAAAGCCAUUGUGGCUUGGAGUGGCUACUACCUUCUUGAUGUGUUAGAAUGUGAUGGUAGAUUACAAAAACAAAACAAAAAGUAAUUGACAUUUUCAUUCAUGUUUUGUGACCAUUUAGCUUCCAGUAUAAAAUGUGCAAUGAAGAAAAAGAGUUUGACAUAAAUAUUUAUUUUAUUGUUAACUAAAUCCCAAGUAUAUGGGUUGUAUUAUGUUUACUUUGUAUUACAGUAGUUAAAUUGCUGGUAUGCCAGUAUAGAACAAUUCUUGGCCAAAAUGAAUAACAACAACUUAUAGUGAUUGCUUGUAUGUGUGAACAGGAUGAAAUGGAUAACUGAAGAGAACAACAGGCUGUCACAUUUUUGUGAUGCCUAGUAUUUAAAUUUAUUUGUUCUGACUUCAAGGUGUUUUUUUUACCCUAUAAAUUUCAGAAUACUGUAAUCACAUAGAAAACAACUUUCACUGUCAGCUAGCUUUAUUUUUACUUUGGAAAAAAAAAUUAAUCUAUGCCUCCACUGCAUACUAAAUAAUCUCCAGAAAACUGAUUUAAAGCCACAUGCAAUACAUGAUAAUUAUCAGGUAUUCUGCAAUGCAUCUAUGCAGACUUUAUUUGUUUAUUUGUUGUAUUUAGAAAUGUCGACUUGAGCUGUACACCCAGAAACAUUUGCUGUUUGCACAUGAGGAAUUUCUUAUUUAACUAUGGCAGUUCGAUUGUGGCAUGCUCACCUUCUGUGGCAGCCUAACCAUUUUAAAAAUAAAGAAACAAAAAUGUUACGUUUGAAAACAAAUCCAAAAUAAUCAUGAAAAAUCUUCAUUUUACUGCAUUUUUCCCUGCCUUGAAGAUAUUUUCAGUUUCCUGGCUUUCCAGUUAAUACAAAUUGGAGAUCUCCGUAAUGACCAUAUACUUUGAAGUAGGGAUCAUGCCGUAAUCCAUAAAUGACCAAUGAACACAAAUUAAUCAGUAUGGGACCCCCCAAAAAUGACCCAAGCUAGAGGGAAUAGAAACCAGUUUGAUAUACAGAAAGUGGAUUAACUGCUCAUUAAUGAUACCUUAGAUAAGUUAGACCUUACAGUUAUAAACUUUAAUUGCCAUAUAAUAUACCUGAUGGCAAAUGCUCCAGAAAAUCUGUACCUCUGCAAAGCAUAAAUCUACUGGGCUAUUUCAUCCAUACUCUGCAUGGAACAUAUGAUACUGUGUAAUAGAAAUUAGCACAUUUGCAUGCUCUGAAAGCCAUGCACAAUUACAAAUAUCUCACAUGUAGGGACAGUGCAAAACAUUAUACUGUUUUGUAAAGCAACACUAUAUUCAUGCACUUCUAAUAUAAACUUAUGGGUAGCAUCUAAACAAAGGAGAUGCCAAAUAAAUCAAUUAUGUACAGAUGACACAAUAACUGAAGCUUACAGUUUACAACUUCAAGUUUAAGAGACAGAGAUGCUGAAACGGGUUGUGUCCAUGCACAGGGGCCCGCGUGUAACUGUGUUAGAGAGAGCAAGAUGACCCAGGAAGGCUGAUCUUCGAUCAAGUUUCAUUAAACAAUCCCAGUUGGCUUGCCAGAAAAUUAUUAAUUUUUAUCUGUAUAAAUGGAUUUCAUUAUCAAAGAGCUAUAAAUCUGUGGGGAUUUAUCUGUAAUUUAAGUCCUUUUAAAAAGGGUUUUCUAAAAAGGUGGAAUGGGAUUGAUGAGAACGUUUUAACAGCUCUUUUACUGAACAGAUUCUAAGAUUCUUAGGGUUCUUUUGCAAGUUUGGAGUAUAAUGAAGCAAGUUCCCUUCAUGUACAGAAACACUUCUAUUCAGUGUAUCAGGUUGUGUCUGCAGGCUUGAAAGAAAUAUGCUUUGUUUUCCUUCAUGUAUACAAACUUCAUUUUUUUUCAAAUGCUCAUUUAAUAUGGGGGGGUAUUUAUCUGUUAUGGGAAAGCAGCCAUACAAAUUGUAGUUUCUAAAAGCUGAGCCUCACAUACAAAAUAAUUCUUUUCUGUUUGGUUUUUCCACUUGCUUCCUCUGAUGGUCUUUCCAGCAAUCCUUUUAAAGCUGUGCUGAGAUUCCACAAGUGUGGACUAGUUCAUCAAACAGACAUGAAGCCACAUUUUCUCCACUAGAGCUUCUCUAUUAUCUCAUAGACUCACCAAGUUAUAGUGCCAUCCUCUUAUUAGUUUCUCUCAUACAGCAGUGGUGACCACCAAUAGAACAAACAGCUUUACAUGGAUUGCUGACUGGCUGGAACAGACUCCACGUGGUUGAUUUUGAAGUUGCCAUUAAAUGACUUCGUUUUCAAAACUCUGUAGAUUGUCAAUGUGUCAAAUGCCAAUUGCCAGGCAAUUUUAAAGGGCACAAAUCCCUUUGCUCAACAUAUGAAAAAACGAUUUAAAAAAAUCAGAGGUAAUAAUGUAAUUGUAUGUGGUUUUAAGGAGACACUUAUUGACAAGACAGAUGCAAUCCUUCUUUGGAACUUAUUAUUGAAAAUCUCAGAAAUUGUGGCCAGAUGGGAUGCACAGCCGUUUCCGCAUUGAGCUGGUGGUGUUUCAUAUAAAAAGGGAACUUCUGCAGAUGUGGCAUGCAGCAACACCCUGCACAUUUCUCCUAUGCAAGUUCUACUUUGUGCAGCCCAGAAAGCACCAGAUGAAUGCAGAUGUGAUAGGCAUUUAGCUGAGAGGAGGGCAUAUCUCUGGUGAUACAUGAAGCCACUGAGAGGAGAAUCCUAGCUUUCAAGGAAAUAUGAUUAAGUCUAAGGUACGUAUAUAUAUAAAUAUAUGAACUGCAAACUCAUUAUUUAAUCAAACAAGUAUUUGAUAUCAUUCAACUUUUAUUAAAACUAUAUGGACAAGCCCUUCCUCAAACGUAGAUGUACACACGUGUACCUUUCCAUUUGUGUGGCUGAAAAGUUGCAUGUUGUACACUCAUUAAUGUACUUACAUUAUAUGAAAAAUUCAUUAACAGAUUUAUCACUCUAUGGAAAUAUAUAUUUUCAAUAGAAAAUGAUAGAAAAAAUCACAGUAUAAACAUUUAUUAAAUAUAUUUUUAUAAUAAUCAUCUGAAAAGGUGGGAAAGAAUGACAUUACAGUAUUUAGUAACUAUCUCGCUAAAAUAUUAAAAAUGUUCUGGAUUUUGUUGCUAUUUAUGGAUUGGCUUGGGAUUUCUUUAUUUAUUCUCCCCUGCCUUGUUUAAGUUUUCCUUAAGAAUGGUUUUAAAAUAUGAUAAGCAAGUAUUAGAAGCUGCACCUUGGAAGAGUGUUUGUAAAUUUAUUCUCUUAUGUGAAAUCAUUCUUUGACUACAAGGUAAAGUGGAGAUUAUUACUCUCUGUUAUGCUCUUAUUUCCACAAAAUUAUAUAUGUGGACCUCAAAUAUAUGUAAAAAACUGUUUCCUUCAUGUGCAAGUUCACUAUUUAUCUGACUAAUAACAAAGAUUUUGCAAAUAUUUAGAAAUAAAUUAUGUAUGUGUAUCAUUGUUUUGGGAGGAAUUUAGACUAAAAAGAAAAAGUAAAUGCCUAUUCUUUAAAAUACUUUGAAAGGGCAAUAUUUUUAGAGCAAUAUAAAAAAAAUUAAACAGUGAGGAUACACAAUUGUGUUUUAUCCCUGAGAUGGGCUGGAUGAUGAUGACUUAAUGUCAUCAUCAUGCUUCAGCCCACUAAGCAAAACUUUUGCAUUCUAAUACAUACAGAAGCUUUCUCAAGCAGCAAGGAUCUAUAUUAUAUGUAGGUUUAUUUAUUUGCACUUCGAUAUUCUGUGUCUGUAGAAAAGAAAUGAGAAUAUGUGAGGACUAACAUUACCUGUUUAUAUCAAUAAUAAAUCAUUUGGUUACCAAGACUGCUUGGAUAGAAAUGCAGCAUACUGUAUGCUUUAGUCUCCUUCAGCCAAGUGAUGCAUAGUUUCUGCUGAUUUAAAGCCUUUUAGUAUUAUUCUGGGGCUUUGGGACGAGGAUCCAAGGGGACUGUUCUGCUAAUAGAACAGCUUUCAUCAGGUUUUGGGAUGUCACGAAGCACUGUGGAUGCUAGUGGGAUUUAGGCUUUGAUUUGCAGCAACAACAAUCUUUAAAGUGCAUUUUAAAAACGACAAGAGAUAUAUUUUAUUUUUUAUCUCACAGAAGGCAGGAUGAAAGGCCUAUAAAGAGUGGGUGAUAGAUAUGUGCCACAUUCUGCCCAGUCAGUCAAACUUGAAUAACUUCACAGAGCUUGGGGAGGGGGGGAAACGGAUGGAACAAAGGGCACACAUUAUGGUGUAUUGUUCAUUUCAAGUGAUGGACGUAGACUGUGGUAGCGGGAGGAAAUCAGGAUGCUCUUCAGCCCCAUGGGCCAUGAAAUUACCUUCAUAGGCAAGAAUUUCCCCUGUAUUUUCCUUUAACAUAAGUUACAUAUCCUUUCAGAAUCUUGAUUUCACUGGUCUGUAGUGGGCUGACAUUUAUCUUAGAGGAGGUACCAUAGUUCCAUGGUAAACUACAUGCAUUGCUUGCAAGAGGUCCCAGAGUUUAGUCCCUCACCUGUUCAAAAUGUCAGGUAGCAGGUGAGGCCAAAGAUUCUCCCUCAGCCUCUAAAAAGCCAGUGCUAGUCAGAGUACACCGAACAUAACUUUACUUUUUGCUUUUAUUAGAUUUUUAC